AUGACACUACUACCUAGGCUAGUGAUUAAGCCCUUGCGAAAAAUAGCUAAUUCGUUUAACAUAACCGGUGAUGCUAAAGAUACAAAGAAGGACAAGGCAAAUGUUGAAUUCGAACAACAUAAGAACAAGUGUGAUUGUGGUUUGGAUUUGGGUUUGUUGCUUUCCAAUGGAGCAAAAAGAGGGUCUAGGGCAAGUUCUGAAUGGAGGUCUGAAUGGUGUGCUUUUGUUAAAUCAGCUAACACCGUAUAUGAGAUGGUUGAAGCAACUAUGGUGUUGGAAACGAUGAUCAAGACAGAUUAUGUCAACACUUGGUGGUGGUACUGGUCUUCAAUGGCGGCUGCCGCCAAGACAUCCUCUAUCUCUGUCCUUGCUCUUCGUAUCUACACACCGCCGCCAUCGACAACCAGAAAACCACCACCAAUACCACCUCUUCCAGCAAAGAACUAUCAAAGAAACGGCAACACCUAGGGGACAAACCCAGGGAACAAAGAAAGAAACCAAAGAAAUCACAAGAUAAACAAGAAACCAAGGAACAACUCCAAAGUAUCAUUUCAUAAUCCAAAUGUUUAUCCCUUGUUUUAUUUUUUGUUUGGAGUUUAUGGGUG